AUGACACCUUUAAUGAAAUUCCUCCGCGCGAACGUCCUCGAACUGUCCUACCUGACGGAAAAGAGAACGUUAAUUCGCGAUUGGCGUUUGGCGUUGCUCUAUUACGCGUUGCUUGGUUUAGUCACCGCGUACGUCGUGACGUCUUUGGUCAAUGGGAAAUCGUACAUCAUGACGGAAGUGCCCACUGGGGUGGCGUCCGCGUGGGGGAAAGGCGAGAAGGAGUUUUACGAUUUGCAAAAGGAAUGGGAUACUACCUCCGAGCAGUGUACGAAUACGGCAGCCGGAAGCGACACCGGCACCGGCAAGUACAUGUUCAAUUAUUCCGAGAGUUUUGUGUAUGACAACGUGAAAUGCGGAUAUUUCAAUGCGGACGAGAUGAUAUCAAAGUUACCGAGCGGGAACGUGAUGUUUUUUGCGACGCACGCGCACCAGUCUUUGGUGGCGAGGUACAAAGCGACUGAAGUAGUCUUGCCCAAUGGAACGGUGACGUAUACGUGUCCGGAAGCGGCGAUGGAAAGUAAUUUUGGGGAAGCUGCACAGCAAGUUGUCGAUGGCAGAUGCAUGCAUUUGAAGGAGAAUAACUACAUCAUUCCCGGUAUGGAAGGGAGCAAGAUGGCGUUCGAUCACUCGUACGAUACGACUUCUGGAGAGUAUUCCGGGACGAAACCGAAAACCUACGUUCAAAAGAAAGAUUCGGACGUGAAUGAGUACGAGUUUGCGCCGGGUCAGUCGGUUGAGUUGACCAUGAAGCAGUGGUUGGAAUUGGCCGGCGUGGAUUUGGACAAACCGUUUGACCAACAACCCGGAAAUUUUGAAGGGACGUUGGAAGGGUUGACGGGAGGCGGUGCCGAUUAUUCAGGAAGGAGUAUUAUUUGGAGGCACGGGGGGUAUUUAGGAAGGGGGACUGCUUUGAACAGUGCUGGAAAGUAUCCUUACCCGCGUUUGUCUGGCGUUCGUUUGAACAUUUUUGUGCGAUAUUUCAACUAUGAUUUGCACAAGAAAGUGCACACGGAAAUGGGCGACGACGACGUGUACGCAAUCGUCACCGUGUCGCCCGUUCUCGGAUGGUUCUCAAAAGGCCAGGAAAUUACGUACAGAUCAAAUCCAACUGAUUUGACCGAUCCGAUUGACGCUGCCGACGGUGCACCCGAAGGGUAUUACCAAGAUAUGUACAAGUAUGGCAUCUUGUUCGACAUUCAACAAACCGGUUUGGUCGGUGCGCUGGAUCCCGUCUUUAUCAUUUUAACUUUGACGUCUGGUUUGGUCCUGUUAGGCGUCGCGGGUACCAUCGUCAAUCUCCUGGCCAAGUUUGGCUUGGGUGACUUGUCCAAAACGUACAAGUCAUUCAUCCAAGAGGAGUGCGACAUUCAAUUGGAAGCGGCGAGAUACACUGCGCAAAGUAUCGUGGCGUCUAGAGCGUUUAAAGUUGCCGACAAAGACGGCGAAGGUCAGUUAGACUUUGCCGAACUCAAGGGAGUUGUCACGUCGUGCUUUUCCGAUCAGUUCGCAAGCACAAACAGCAAAAGCAAGUUACAAAAAGAGCUCUUCAGCGACGAAGAAAUUCACUCCAUGACGCUCUUCUUGAUGCGGGCUGCGGAUCCUCAUCUCGCGGAUCGCAUCAUGGAAGGGAGAGAGAAAAAUGUGGCGGAACUCGAGGCAUCGACGCUUUCCUUGAACCAGUGGCAAGAACUUUCCACAUCGGAUUAUAUCGAUCACGACAGUUUGAAGAAUAUAAUCGCGAAAAACAAGGCGAUGAAAAGGCUCCAAAAACAAUACUCAAACGCGUAA